AUGCCUGGAGCCCAUGACAGGCCAGGCGUCGAGGCUCAGACGAGACUCCAAGCACAAGCACGGCCUCGGCCUGCGUGCGUCCCGAAGUCGGGACACAGCGCGGCGGAGACGAUCCAGUCCGAUCCAGAGGCUGUCGGCGAACCUGCCCAAGAGACUGCGGACUUUGAAGGCUACACCUUGCGCGACCUGCGCCGCUUGGUCGCACAGAUGCUGCCCCGCUACGGCCGGCUCUUGACAUGCGGCGAGCUCGCCGCGCUGAGGCGCUUCGAGUCCCUGCCGCUGCGUGCGAAGCAACUAUUCGCUCGGCUUCUGUGCAGAAAGUGGCCACAGUGGGUGGCACUGGAAGGCCUCGGAUCCAGGUAUCGUGAAUUGAGCAGCGAGGACGUUGUCACUGCUGUGGCAGAUCUCAGUGAAGCAAAGGCUUCCAGCUUACCAGAAUGCGGACUAAGCGAGACUGGCGGCGGAGGUUGGGCCACCCUGCUCAGCCAGCUCCCCGACACGACGACAGAGCCGGAAGAGUCUUCCAUGCCAUGGUUGCUCGAUACAUCUGCCGAGACGGCUGCUUCGUUGUUAAGCCGACAGAUCCCCGAAGCGAUGGCCAGCGAGGACAACUAUGGCAAACUGCUACUGGGCGCGCUGCCAGCAGCAGAACUGCGUCGAAUGGGCAAAGGUUUGGGCAUCAGCGACCUGCAUGGCCUUGGACGACGCAGCUCCAAAAGCAAGCUGGUCUCCAGACUGUGCGAAGCAGCGAAGCAACAGCGACUUUUGCAAACGACCCGUCCAGCGGAGGCCACCACUGAGGCACAGCUCGUAGCACGGUCCCUGGAGAUGGGCCGCUGGGUUUGCUUGGCUCCGUCCUUGGGCCGCCGGGCUCUCGUCGUUCUCGGAGAGGUCUUCCGGCUGGAGACCUGCGGAGCCGCCGACUCGUCCUACGUCGCCUUCUCCAGCCGCUGGCCAGACUUCCCCUUCCAGCCGGACCGCGCUUGUCCACCUCUCUUCGCUGACCGUGCAUCGCUGGAUGCUUUCGUGGAAGCACGUCGACUGGUCUGUGGCAUGGAAAAAUUUCAGGAGAUGCGCCCAUCCCUGGACCACGCCGAUUCGAAUGCCAAGAUGGCCGAAGAAGGCUUGGAGCGGGCUCUGCAGGCAGUGCACUCCAAUGAGUUCGAAGCUGCCAAAUUUCGGGAUCCAUUCCGGCGGCGCUUCACAGCAGCAUGGUGCUAUGCGGAGGCUUUGCAUCAUGCCGUGCUGCAUUCGCCGGCAGUGGGUCAUGACAAAGAGCUCCAAGCCUCCAAAGUCCGACGUUUGAGGCUGCUGCUAACUUGCACACUCUGCCCCUCUCAGCGUGGCCGGUGGUACGCAGAGUUGGCCAAAGAAGCAGCGCGCUGCGAGGGUCUGCUCGCAGCCAUCGAGGUGGCUGCAGCUGGUCUGGCUGAGGGUGAAGACAAACCGCUGAGUGUCCGCGUAGCUGUCGACCUGACACUGGACAUGCCUUCGCCACACGAGGCCGGAUCGAGUGACCUGGUGCAGCUUCCACGUGAUGCCCGCUGGGAUUUGGCCCGACGCUGUCGGGUACUGGCUCGAAGGCUGGCGAAGGCCAAGGGUUCUGGAGCCCGACAGUGCGAUUGGCAGAAACUGCUACAGAACACCCAGGUGGCACAGCGCAAGGCA